AUGUUCGGGGAGAUCCUCAAGACAGGCUGGCUCUCUCGCAAGAGCAAGAAGUCUGGAGGAGGAGAAGCCGACAUCAUCCGAUGGACGUCGCCCGAGCACUGCGCUCUGCUGGUGGGCUACUCGCCCACUGCCGUCUUCAUCAACGACCCCCACACCGGCAAGCGCGAGCGGUACGAUCGCGACCUCUUCAUCGAUCGCUGGCUUCACCUGGGCACCCAAGCCAUCACCUUCCGUGCCUCUUGA